AUGGAAACAGGGCCAGGCAGCCUGACAGCCCCACGGCCUAAUCCUGAUUUAGUGACCGUCCCUUUAACAGCCCACCCACCCGUCCACCCACCCCUGCGCUCCAGGCCGCUCACACUCUCCCCCGCGCAGACCCCUUCCCAGGCCGCCUGCGCCCGGGAGGUGCGCGGGGAGCGGAGGGGCCAGGCAGGGGGGCCUCCAUUUGGCCGGCUGCUCGCUAUUCCCGCAUCCUCCGCACCAAAGGGGGCGGCGAAGAGGGUGCCCGUCGGCGGCGGAGAGCAGAUCCCCUUCUCUGCCCGCCCCUACCCCCGGGGAGUGACCCCCGGCUCCCACGCACCCGCACAGGUUUCUCGCUGGCCUUGCCCUUCGACCCCCGCCUGGUUGAACCCCGCGACCCUCAGCCCCCUCCCUCUCCCGCCCUUGCACUGCCCCGCGCCCGCGGACAAAGCUCCGGACGCCCCGACCGAAUGGUCACCACCCCCUGACCCCGGCCCGGCCGCGCGCCCCGGCGCCUGCCCCAGCCCGGUCCCGCGGGCCCGUACCUCGGCAUCCCGGCCCGGUCCUAGGGUCCUGACCACCUACGGGCACCAGACCGGCCGCGCGCCCGCCCGGGAGGCGGAGGGCCGGACACACAGGGCCCGAGGCGGGGGCCGCGGGCGAGCCCCGGACGUGGGCAGCGGAGUCCACGAACCCCAGUCACAUCCGUCCUGUCCAGAGAUCCAGGCGCCAGUCUCCCAAAGCCGGCGUCGACCGCGGCCCAGCGCGUCCGUCGGUCAGGGGCGUGAGUUCCGGAGGGACCGCCGCAGGGUCUUUCGGAAGCUCCGACUCCGCGAGGAGCCGGACCUGCACUCCGCGAUCACCUCGCAGUGCCCUGUCGCUGCAGCCGGGGACCGCCCGGCCCCGUCCCGCCCAGCAGAGGCCCGUGGGGACGUCCUCAGGGCUCCCCAACACUCGUCCCCGGGCGGGCCACAGCUCCGCCGCCGGGUGCGGGUGGCGCGCGCCCCAGCCCCUCCCCCACGCCGGGUGGAUGGCGAGGGGAGGAGGGAGCAGAUGGCAGCAAUUACGGCUCGGACCCUGCCCCGCCCGUAG